AUGGCUUUCAAGUCCAGAAAGCGAGUAUCAACUGACGACCUUGUCGAUGACGGGGAUAACACAAAGAGGAUGAAAACUGAGAUGACAGAAAAUAAUGCUGCGCCUGAUUCUCCCAAAAUUGAUUCUAACGGGGAUCCGUACUGGGAGAUAUCCAAAAUGCGUCGCGUCACCAUAUCCACAUUUCGAGGGAAAACAAUGGUCAACAUUAGAGAAUACUAUGAAAAAGAUGGCCAAGAGUUCCCAGGAAAGAAGGGCAUCUCCAUGCCGAUGGACCAAUAUGCAGCAUUCGUCAAUUUACUUCCAGAUAUUGAAGCUUUGCUCAGGAAGAAUGGACAGUCAGUUCCGCGCCCGAACUAUGACAAUACAGCUGGUCAAUCUGAUGGAUGUGAUGAUGAGGAUCAGGGCGAGCCUGAUGAUGAUUCUGAGAAGGGCAAUGAGGCUACAAGCGAUGAAGGGGAAGAGGAAUGA